AUGGGAGGAGGCAUCUCAAAACAACAAGGAUGGAGAGAGGAAGGGGAGGAGCAGGCGCGUGAGCAACUGAACCCUGAUAGAGAGAGUGGUGAAGAACAAAGCUCUAAGGAGAGUAGGAUUAGGGAUGAGCGAGUACUGCAGCAGAAAAUUCGGGAGGAAAGUGUCUGGGAAAACCAAAUGAGGAGAGAAGAAGAGAUGGCAGAUGCAGAAGAGCAGGAAGAGAGGGAUAUGCAGCGUGACCUAGGAGCAGCCUAUAAACUCAGCAAUCUCAUUAAGGAGAUAAGAGAGAGGAACAAUGAGUGGGCCAAUAACAAAAAGGCCCAGAAGGGAGAAAGGAGGUAUGAGGUGCAGAAAUCAGGUGAAAACGGACAAAUAAGGAAUAUUAGGCCCAACACAAAGGCUUUACAUCAGCAAGCAUGGAAUGUUGAAGGAAAUGGGAUGAAUAAUUAUAUAACUGAAGAAGAAGAAGAAGUGAACAGCUAUAAAAUGGAAGAUUGGAAAACAGAGGGAAAGGAAAAUCAAGAACUGCUGAAGGGGGGAACGGAGGAGAAUGCUUUAAGAAAGCUAUCCAAUGAAGCUCAGAAUGGAGAACAUGAAUUUGUGGGUCAGCAUGUCAAGCCAGGUGAGAACGUCUACUAUGUAGAGUUAGCAAGCGAUGAAGACGGAGAUAAAGGAAUGGAAGUACAGACAGAUUGGGAAACACGACUAGCUAAGAAGUUGGAAUUGAAGCUGAACUUGAAAAGGAAACGAGAAAACAAACAGGUUCCACUGCUAAUAUACAGGGAAUGGAAGGAGGAGCAAGAGGACAGGGAACCCAAGAAAGUAAAGAACAGCAUCACCGCUCUGGGCACAGGGGAGUAUCAAUUAGCUAAGCAUGUCUCUAGUCAGAUUAAAGGAAUACAAAUGGUUGAGGAGGUGGAUCUUAACAUGCCCCAACCUCAGCCAUGA